CACGAAGAACUUUCACAACGGCUUGAGUCCAUCAAGGAGAGGAGCGCUGCUUUCAAAUUCAUCAACCUUGGGUCCUAUGAGGAUUGUCAUAGCAGCAAUGUCCACAUCUCUCGUCAUGGCAAUCCUAGCCGGGAGACAUCUGGGGAGCUCGAUCGGUCCAAUGUGGUUGGCGACAAGAUCGAAGAAGACACAAGAGCACUGGUGGCCCAGAUCACACGCUCUGGAAAUGAGGCCAGCAACAACGUUAUGGUCGUUGCUAUCGUAGGUGUUGGUGGGAUUGGCAUGACCACCCUCGCCCAGAAGGUCUUCAAUGACGAGGCCGUCCAAGGCGACUUCAGCAAAAAGAUAUGGUUGAGCGUCAACAGGAACUUUAGUGAGGUUGAGCUGCUGAGAAGAGCCAUCAUCGAACUCAGAGGAGGCUCUCAGCCAGUUGGAAAUGCGAAGGCCACGCUUCAACGAACCCUCAAGGAAGCCUUGAUUGGCCACAAGACCUUCUUGAUAAUGGAUGAUGUUUGGAACUAUAGAUCAUUGGAGGAUGUGCUCAAAACGCCGUUAGUCAAUGCUGCUGCUCCAGGCAGCUACGUCCUCAUCACCACUAGAGAUGAAGGUGUAGCCCGAGGGGUGUCAGCUAUAUGGCCAUACCACCACGUUGACACAUUAGCACCUGACAAUGCUUGGUUAUUGCUCAAGACGCAGCUUAAUAAAUGGACAGAUAAAUCAAUUAGUAUUCUUGUCUCUGGAAGGUACUCUCAA